CAAGUCCAACGGCGCAACAACAAAAGCGACUCCGUGCUUUUUUUGUUUUGGUUUUAGUACGAGUUGGUUGGUGCGCACACAGCACUAGCGAAUUUGGCCGGCGGCGUACGUAUGCACCGGCAACAGGGCUCCCCUCCAUCGCCACCAUAUAUACACCACCGUUCCCAGCGAAGUCCUUUAUUGGCACCCUUCGAGCUCCGGCGGAAGUGUUGCCCGCGCCGUCCAUGUCGACGCUGCCGCCUCCUAGCCUCAUCCACAUCUGCUGCCUGCACUCCCUCUCCAUCGUGCUCCUCCACUUCCUCUACGUGAUCUCCUGAUCCGCCCCCCUCUCCUGAUCCAAAGUAUAGUAGUGGUAGUAGUCUAGUGUGUUUCCUUGUACUACGUUCUUGUUUCCGUACCUUCUUCUUCCUCCGGCUUGCAAGUAAGUACCUUCUCCACCGCUCCCUGUACACUGGCACGCCCAGGCACGAGCGGGAAUUACCUACUCUGGUGUGUUUCUGCGUGAUAUAACAAAUGGAGAUGGUUCCGCCCGCCGCUGCUGCUGCGGCCGCGCCACCACGCCGUGGCGGCGCGAUCACCGAGGAGGAGCGGCAGCGCAAACGGAAGACCUCCAACCGCCUCUCGGCGCGGAGGUCCCGCGUAAAGAGGCAGCAGCGCGAGGGCAGUCUGACCGCUCGCGCGGCCCAGCUCGAGAUCGAUAACGAGGCCAUGCGCGUCACCACCGCCCUCAUGCAGCAGCAAUGCAGCCUGGUCCAGCAGCAGAACCGCGUGCUCUCUGCGGACGCUCGCUACCUGUACAGCCUUCUGGAGCAGCAGAACUCCCAGCUCCGCGUGCUCGGGGAGCUCGCCGGCGUUCCGAUGGACGUGCAGGAAAUCCCCGUCCACCUCACGCAGCUGUACGGCGGCCUGCAGUCGCCACUGGCGCCGCCCCUGUCCCUGCCACCGGAGAUUCAGAUGCUGCUCCAGCCGGACCAGCUCGAUGAUAUCAUGGACGAUGCAGGGAGUCUCCCGUGGCUCUGACUCGGGAGCAUAUUAUCAUAUUGUGUGUAAUGUAAUGCGUGUUUGUGUGGUACUGGUAGUGUGAUGACGUGAGCUAUGGCUACUUUUGUUUUGGAACUACUAUGUGAGUUUCUUGUGAACUUGUACGUGUAGUACACAAGAGUGUGAUGUGUUGCUCUAUACAAUAUAUGAAUAAGUCAAGUUUGUGAA